AUGGAAGGACUUCACGAAAAGAGCGAUUCAAAAUGUCGUCGGUGUAGUAAGCCAGAAACAAGGAAGAACAAAUUACUUGCCUGUGAAACAUGCGAAAGGUACGAACAUCCCAAAUGCGCUGGUGUUGAUAAGCAUGCGGAAAGCCUCCCGUUUAUUUGCGAGGAAUGUAAUCCGGAGCAGCAGUCUGGAAAAGUGCUCUUGCAGCAACCAAAAUUAGACGAACUGUCGAAGGUUGGUUCAAAAAGUGUGCACUCUAAACGAAGCAAAAAAGCGGCUGUACCUCCAUCUGGAAGUGUUACUUCGAGUGCUCGUAGGGCCCUACUGGAAGCAGAGCUCGAAAUUGUAGAGGAAGAAAGACAGCUAAAGGAACAAGUCGCGAGAGAAAAGGAAGCGCUCCGCGAAAAGGAAAUGGGAGAAAAACAAAGGCAGAUUGAAGAAAAAAAGCGUUUGAUAGAGGAAGAAAAUCGUUUACGUGAGCUAAAAUUAGAGGAAGAUAAAAAGUACCAAGCACAGCAAGAGUUAAUUCGCCACCAAUCUCUGGAGCAGAAAAAGAAGCUGCUCAGACAAAUUGCGGAGAGCAGUAAAGGUAGCAGCAAAGGUGUACCGAGUAUCCAAUCUCGCGAGAAAGUGGAAGACUGGUUGAAAAAUCAGCAGGAAAAGCCCGAAGGAAAUUCGAUACAGAACGGAGACGAAAUCCCGAGUCGUCAGCCAAUUGAACCAUCCGAGCACCCGCGCACUGAUCGGCCUUCCCGAAUCUGUGCCGAACCAAGCUGCUCACGAGAUAUAACCCAAAAAAUGAACACAAAUUUAUCGGCGAACAAUGUUAAAUCCAGAGAAGAGUUCAUUCCACUCGGCAUGCAGCAGAUAGCAGCCCGACAAGCCAUGGGGAAAGAGUUGCCAAUUUUUAGCGGUAGCGCAGAAGACUGGCCGCUUUUCAUCACUAAUUUCGAAGAAACAACCAUCACUUGCGGAUACACUAAUGCCGAAAACCUGAUUCGGCUACAACGGUGCCUGAGAGGGCAGGCCUUCGAAUCUGUACGAAGCCGUCUGUUGCUCCCGUCUUGUGUGCCAAAUGUGAUAAGUACCUUACGAACACUCUAUGGCCGUCCUGAGCUACUAAUUCGCACUCUUUUGAGAAAAAUCAGAGAGAUUCCCGAUCCAAAUCAUAAGAAUCUUAACACGAUCAUGAAGUUUGGACUAGCCGUUCAAAAUCUAGUUGAUCAUUUGAUAGCGGCCAAGCAGGAGAACCAUCUCUCCAAUCCUAUGUUAAUGCAGGAAUUGGUUGAAAAAUUACCAGGUUCCCUCCAGCUAGAUUGGGCCAUGCAUAAGUGCCAGUUCGACGAUCCCACGCUGCGAACUUUCGGAGAUUUUAUGUCUAAAUUAGUAAUGGCUACUAGCGAAGUAACUUUUGAUAUCCCAGCUUGUAGUACUACGCAUAAGAGUGGCCAACAGAGGCAAAAAGAAAGAGCAAGCAUUCAAACACAUUCCACUGACUCUACCACUCCUAGGCAUCCGGCUGAUACGUUUCGUCCUAUGAAACAAAUGAAACCUUGUGCUGUGUGUGAUCGUGAGGGUCAUCGUGUCGCUGAUUGUAACAAAUUCCGUAAUAUGAAUGUAGAUGAGCGGUGGAAGCUGGUACAGAAAAAAGGUCUGUGUCGAACCUGCUUGAACAGUCACGGAAAAUGGCCUUGUAAGUCAUGGCAAGCAUGCGGAAAGGAAGACUGCAGAUUAAAGCAUCACGGUCUGCUCCACCAAACAACUUCUACUUCCCACUCAGUUAAUGUAGCUUCAAGCUUUCCGUAUAAUUCAGAAAGCAACUAUCCUAUGUUUCGCAUGUUGCCUGUAGUUUUACACGACAACAACCGUUGUCAAUCAAUCUUUGCUUUCAUUGAUGAAGGCUCUUCCCUUACACUUUUAGAAGAGGAAGUUGCAUCUCAACUCGGUUCAAGCGGCCAUGCAGAACCUUUGACGCUUCGCUGGACAGGUGAUGUUACACGAGAGGAAACGGCGUCCCAAAAGAUACAAUUGAAAAUUGCCGGCACAGGGUGUUCGAAUAAACAUAAUCUGGUCAAUGUUCGCACAGUUAGAAGUUUACAUCUACCCGCACAAUCAUUGCGGUACCGAGAGUUAGCUGAAAGAUUCCCUCAUCUACGGGGUCUGCCCUUAUCGGAUUACGAUCUGGUUCGACCUAAAUUACUGAUCGGAUUGGACAACCUACGAUUGAUGGUCCCACUUAAAAUUCGGCAGGGUAAACCGGGUGCACCGAUAGCAGCAAAAUGUCGACUUGGUUGGGGUGUUUACGGUUGCGUACCAAGCGGAUCUAAUUCAACGUCGUUCAUAAAUGUUCAUGUGCCCCAAUUCUCGGAUCCCGAUCGACAACUAAAUGAGCAAUUACGCGAGUUCUUUACACUUGAGAGUAUGGGGGUUAGUCAUUCCAUGCAAAAACUCGAGUCGGAAGACGACAAGCGAGCAAAUAAACUGUUGCAGGAAACCACACGACGAUUGCCGAUUGGGUUCGAGACAGGCCUGUUGUGGAAAACAGGAGCACCCAAUUUUCCAAACAGCUUUCCAAUGGCCAUGCGGCGUUUGCAGAGCUUGGAGAGAAAGCUAAAUAAGGACCCUUUACUGAAAGCGCGGGUUUGUGAGCAAAUAGCAGAAUAUGAGCAAAAGGGCUACGCGCAUAAAGCGAGCGAAGCAGAAUUGAAAUUUAGUGAAUCACAUCGAGUGUGGUAUUUGCCUUUGGGUGUCGUGGUGAACCCAAAAAAGCCAAACAAGCUGCGCCUUAUAUGGGACGCCGCUGCAAAAGCGAAUGGGGUUUCCCUGAAUUCACAACUACUGAAGGGGCCAGACUUAUUGACUCCCCUCCCAACGGUGUUAACCCAGUUUCGUCAGUUUCCGGUGGCCGUGUGUGGAGACAUCAAGGAGAUGUUCCACCAGAUUAAAAUUCGGGAACAUGAUCGCCAAUCUCAGCGUUUUCUUUGGCGCGACGAUCCAUCUAAGCGCCCACAAAUAUAUGUGAUGGAUGUGGCCACCUUCGGGUCAACUUGCUCCCCAGUUUCGGCGCAAUACGUAAAAAAUAUAAACGCCGCUGAACUGGCUGAUCGAUUUCCUCGUGCUGCAAUUGCGAUACAAACGAGGCAUUACGUGGAUGACUAUUUAGAUAGUUUUCAUACUAUCGACGAAGCUGUACAAGUGGUCGAAGAGGUCAAAACAGUACAUGCCAAAGGCGGCUUUCAAAUUCGUAAUUUCCUGUCAAAUUCUUGGAAAGUACUGCGAGAACUGUCAGAAGUUACCGAAGGAGAUUGUAAACAUCUACAACUGCAACGGGGAGAUACGACAGAAUCGGUUCUUGGAAUGCGUUGGUUGCCAAAAGAAGAUGUAUUCACCUUUACCUUUACGUUACGAGACGACCUCCAGCCGAUCCUCUCCCCCGAUCGUGUUCCUUCCAAACGCGAAGUGUUGAGAGUGCUGAUGAGCCUGUUCGAUCCUUUGGGAUUUAUUUGUUUCUUUCUAGUGCAUGGAAAGGUGCUCAUGCAGGAUAUCUGGGCCUCCGGCUGCGGCUGGGAUGACCGGAUAAACCAAGAUCUGUGCUAUCGUUGGCAACAAUGGACGAUGCUCUUUCCUCAACUCGACACGUUGCACAUUCCACGCUGCUAUUUCAAAUCGCCGUUUUCCAAAAAUAUGCAAAAUCUACAGGUGCAUGUUUUCGUAGACGCUAGCGAGGUGGCGUAUGCAUGCGUCGCUUACUUCCGUUUAGUAACAGAGAGUGGUGUCCAAGUAGCAUUAAUUGGCGCGAAGUCGAAAGUAGCUCCAUUAAAAAGCCUUUCUAUUCCAAGGCUGGAACUGAAAGCAGCGGUGCUAGGCGUUCGCUACCUGGAGUCCAUUCAGAACUACCAUACGUAUGCAAUCCAGAAAAGAUACCUGUGGAGUGAUUCAAGCACCGUGUUAGCCUGGAUCUCAUCUGACCAUCGCCGAUAUAACAAGUUUGUUGCCCUACGCAUAGGAGAAAUACUAUCGCUAACCGAUCAAACAGAAUGGCAAUGGGUGCCAUCCAAAUUGAACGCUGCAGAUGAAGCCACGAAGUGGAAACGUGGGCCAAAUCUUCAGUCGCAGAGCGCAUGGUUUACGGGACCCAGGUUUUUACUCGAAUCCGAAGAAAAUUGGCCAAAACAGCAAAAAUCAUUCACAACACACGAAGAAAUCCGAUCCGUAAACUGCCAUAGUGUUUUCAAACCAUUCAUAGAUGUCGCCCGAUUCAGCAAAUGGGAUCGUCUUCAUCGUGCAGUGGCAUUUGCAAUCCGGUUCGUGAACAACUUACGUCGUAAGCAAAAUAAGCAACAUCUCGAGCUGGGAAUACUCACCACCGAAGAACUAAAACACGCAGAGGAAAUCCUUUGGAAAUCGGCCCAAGAAGACUUUUUCUCAGAAGAAAUCGCCCUGCUCAAGAAAACUCAAGGAGAGCCCGACGCCAAACAUCCAAUUGUCAAGAAAUCCAGUGUCAUAUACAAGGCAUGGCCGUUUAUCGACAGCUGCGGAGUUCUCCGAAUGCGCAGCCGAGGCGGUGCAGCUACAUUUGCACCGUUCGAAGCUAAGUACCCCGUAAUCCUGCCCAGACAACAUUUGACUACCUUUUUACUUGCAGACUGGUAUCAUCGCCGCUUCCGCCACGCCAAUAGGGAAACGAUCGUAAAUGAAAUGCGUCAAAAAUUCGAGAUCGCAAGACUACGAGCGCUGAUUUUCAAGGUGGCAAAGAACUGCGUUUGGUGUCGUCUUGUAAAUGCAAAGCCACAAACUCCUGCCAUGGCACCACUUCCGGAAUUUCGAGUUACACCUUACGUAAAGCCUUUCACAUAUGUAGGGCUUGACUAUUUCGGACCGGUCCUAGUGCGUGCGGGUAGAAAUCAGGUGAAACGAUGGGUGGCCUUAUUUACCUGUCUCACAAUAAGGGCCGUACACUUAGAAAUUGUACACAGCUUAACCACGGAAUCAUGCAUCAUGGCUGUUCGACGAUUUGUCGCGCGACGUGGUGCGCCAGCUGAGUUCCAUACAGAUAACGCAACUUGCUUUCAAGGUGCUAGUAGGGAGCUCCAAAACGAAAUCAAAUUAUUAAACAAUUCACUCGCAUUGACCUUCACCAGUGCUCGCACCCGCUGGAAAUUUAUUCCACCCGCCACUCCCCACAUGGGUGGGGCGUGGGAGAGGCUUGUUAGAUCGGUAAAGGUGGCUAUUGGAUCAAUUCUUGAUGCCCCGCGUAAACCAGACGAUGAAACCCUCGAAACGAUUAUUAUAGAAGCCGAAGCAAUGAUUAACUGUCGUCCGCUCACAUAUAUUCCUCUAGAGUCAGCAGAUCAGGAAGCCCUUACGCCUAACCACUUUUUGCUAGGCAGCUCUAGUGGUGCAAAAAUAGGACCGACCGCACCCGUAAGUGGUAUUGCUUGUCUUCGAAAUAACUGGAAGCUUGCGCAGUUCAUCACAGAGGAGUUUUGGGGAAGAUGGAUAAAAGAGUAUUUACCAUUCAUUACCCGGAGAAGUAAAUGGUUCGAGAACCCACAGGACAUAAAGGUUGGCGACCUGGUGUUGGUAGUUGGCGGAGCGGUGAGGAACCAGUGGAUUCGUGGCAGAGUAACAGAGGUGUUCAAGGGACGAGAUGGCAGAGUACGUCAGGCGCUUGUGCAGACCUCCUGUGGAAGUAUAAUGAGGAGACCAGCAGUGCAGAUUGCCGUAUUAGAUGUCGCGGAAAGCGGUUAA